AUGCAGAUAAGACAUUUACCAAACACCGUGCUUAACGCCCUCCUAUUGAUUCUCUUCAACCUCACCCUCAUCUCCGCUAAAGGUGGUGGAGGCGGUGGAGGUGGAGGUGGAGGCGGCGGCGGUGGUGGUGGUGGUAGCCGAGCAGGUGGUGGAGGCGGAAGCGGCGGAUCCUUUGCAAGAAACACGGGGGCAAUAGCAGGAUUAGUGGUUGGGGUUGUCAUCAUCCUCAUUAUUAUAAUCAUCAUAAUAUUCUGGCACCGGAGUAUGAUGAAGGCCCAGGACAGGAUGGAGGCGAUGCAGGCGGGAUCAGGAACUGUCAAGCCGGCUGCCGCGGCGGGCGACUUGGAGAGCCAGAAGAAGGCAUCUGUCGAGGAGGAUGCGGCGGAUGCGGGCGAAAAGAAAGGUUUUCAUUUGUGGAGGUGGACGUAG